AUGAACGGCGAAACAGUGGUGGCUCCAGCCCUCUCGACAACCCAAGCGGAAGAAACUUUUAAUCUCGGUCGAGUUACUGACACCGUGAAAGACAGACACAGUUAUUUAGGCUGUAAUCCCACCACACACGAAGACCUGGUGGUCCAUCUGCGAAACCAUUAUAGGGUAGAUGACAUCGUGAGGUUCUUGAAUGAGAAUAAGCACUUCAAUAAAAUAACAUUGCAGUUCCCUGAUAGUUUGGUUCAAGAUGCCGCAAUUAUAGCCCAAUUACUCCAGCAAAACAUCCUCGACCACUCUGCGGGUGAAAGUGCUAACUCAAAAUUGAAAUCAGCAUGCAAAAGCGGCGAUCAGGCGUCGGGCUGUUGCCAAAAGAGUUCUGACGAAGGAUUGCAAUCGGAAAAUCGAGCCAGGCGGGUUUGGAUUCUCGCAGAUACAGCAUACAGUGCGUGCUGCGUAGAUGAGGUGGCUUCAGAACACGUCAAUGGCGACUUGGUGAUUCAUUUUGGUGAUGCCUGUCUCAAUGCAGUUCAAAAGCUGCCUGUUCUUUACUGCUUCGGAAAUCCAUAUCUAGAUUUGGAGGCUACCGCUGUCCAAUUCCAAAAAGAGUAUUCUGACCUUAAUGAAAAAGUGGUCUUGAUGGCGAAUGCUCCUUAUUCGUGCCAUUUGAAAGCUUUGCAUGAGAAUCUGAGGUCAUUGGGCUAUUCCAACGUUUUAUUCAGCAAUAUCAACAAAGACUAUGCGGGUCCCAAUGCAUCUUUUGUUGGCCUCCAAAGCCACGAAAGUUCCAGCAAUGCCCCAGUAGUUGAGAAUAGGGUCAUACUUGGACUCGAUGAAAUCAGCGGCAUUAGUUCAGAGGAGUUUCAGAGUGAUUACAGUUUAUUCCAUAUAACAAUCCCAGAAGAUCCAAGACUACUGUUUUUGACAACCAAGUUCAAGUCUUUGAAGGUUUACGAUCCCGUGGAUAACACCGUAUCGGGAGGGCCCUUUCCCUCCAUGAUGAAACGCUAUAAAUUCAUGCAUGAGGCCAGAACAGCAGGUACAAUAGGGAUUCUAGUUAACACCUUAUCACUCAGGAACACUAAUGAAACUAUCAAACGCGUAGCGAAACUCAUAAAGGAAAAUGGGAAGAAGCACUACAUGUUUGUUGUUGGUAAACCAAAUGUUGCCAAACUAGCGAAUUUCGAGGCUAUUGACGUCUGGUGUAUCCUUGGGUGUGGCCAAAGUGGUAUCAUAGUGGAUCAAUUUAACGAGUUUUUGAAACCCAUCAUCACCCCAUAUGAACUGACCCUUGCAUUAAAUCCUGAAGUUACCUGGACAGGGCAGUGGCUUGUGGAUUUCAAACAAGUUUUGCAGGAAAUAGAAAACGAGGAUGAUGAUGAUGACGAUGAUGAUGAUAGGGGAGAAGAAGGAAAAGGAGAAGGAGAGAGUGAAAGAAAUGAUACGCCUUUGGCAGAGCACAACAACGAUAAUUUCGAGAGUGAAGCGCCAGAAUUCAACGCUGUAAGUGGGCGUUACGUCAACAACUCCAGACCGCUACGUAAUUUGGUACAUGUGAAUAUUCAAAGUCCUGAGGAACCAAAAUCAACGAAAUCCAACCAAUUGGUCGAGAAAUUCUCUGGGGCGGUCACGAUCGGUAACACUUUUUCUACUUCGGCUAGCUAUCUUCAACAGAGACAGUGGACUGGUUUGGGGAGUGAUUUCACGCCAGAAAAUUAUGAGGAGGAAGGCGCUACGUUAGAAGAAGGUGGGAGCGGUAUUGCAAGUCAAUAUCAGUUUGAUAAACAGAAUAAAAAUUGA